CACUAGCGUCAGUUUUCCCACUGGCAGAGACUUAGGCUGUCAUGAGUGAGCUGCGAUGCUUUUCGUGAACAGUCCAAGCAGUUCUUAAUUGCUGUGUCUGAGCCUUUGGAAAAGGUUGUGACUGAUCAAGCAAACAAUAAUUCAUCUCACGAUACAGUCUUAGACUUUUGGGGAAAGGAGGAAAACCGACCAGUCGCUUGUCACUAUAUGCUGUUACUAACUAUGUCUUAGUAGACUACACUUACCAGUUCCACAGCUUAAAUUCUAGGUAUUGGAGUUUCCUGUUUUUUCUAACAUAGGUUGUACCUCUGCCCAGGAUGUGGAUCUGUCACAGUUGGUAUCUAUUUUGUCCUUCAUUUGUAAGCUUGGGCAACCAUAAAUGGCUUUCUCAGUGUGCAGACAAAACUGUUAUAGUGGAAUAAAUAAAUUGGUCUUAAAUUGUGUAUUUGAAAACUUACUUAAACAUAUUUAUAUUGGUGAGUUUUUUUGUUGCUAUUUUGAAUUUCUUUUAUAGUUUUACAGCAUAGUAGAAAGGCAAAUGUGAAUAAAUGCAUAAGAGCAUGUUAACAAGAUUUAGAGUAGACUUAAAAAAAAAAAAAGAUAAAAGCAGGUUGCAGUUCUGCAGCAGAUCAGCUGAUACAGUUGCAGGAUGUUGGAGUCCCUCCCCCUCCUUGUCCUUUGCUGAUUGCAGUGCUCUUUGCACAUUUGGAAAUAUUUGAGUAUAUUGUGCUUACAGAAAACUAAUGCAACAACAGCAAAAUGUUUUCUGCUGUAUUACUGUGCUGAAGUGACCAUGUAAAAGUCCAGUAAGAGGCAGAACUGUGCGGCUGUGCAGGGGAGAGUGUGCAGCUGAGGGUUGAACUGCAGCAACCAGCAGCUAGGUCAGUGUUGGCUGCUGUGAAAGAGCAGCCUCUGUUUUAUGUUUUUCACUCCAUCUGGAGUCUGAAUGAGAACGCUAAUUUACCUCAUGAACAAAUGAGCUUGGAGCAUUCUACUGUGAUUUUUCAGGAUUGUUAGCUUUGAAUUAAGUGAUUGUAAGACAUCUAAUAAAUUACAGUUGAGCUUCUAGUAGCGCAAACAGCUUAUUCUGAAGAAUUUGCUUGUUUUUUGUUGGUUAAUGAACUUGAGUUCUUCGAGUAGCUUCUAACAGUCUUUCAUAUUCUAAAUUAUUUAGCAUGUAUUGGAAGAGGCAAGCAUUUUAACUCUUGAUUUUCAAUUUUCUUCAUAUAUUACAGAAUCAAGUAACUUAUAUUUUGUUUCUGCAUCUCUUUCAGCUGUGCAGGAGUAUGUAGCUAUGAAGGAAAAGGUGGAAUGUGUUCCAUUCGUCUAAGUGAGCCACUUCUGAAGUUAAGACCAAGGAAGGAUCUUGUUGAGACACUGUUACAUGAAAUGAUCCAUGCCCUGCUGUUUGUUACUAAUAAUGACAAAGAUCGUGAAUCUCAUGGGCCAGAGUUCCGCAAACACAUGCGUCGCAUUAAUCGCUUAACUGGAGCCAAUGUCACGAUUUAUCAUAAUUUUCAUGAUGAAGUGGAUUUAUAUCGCCAGCAUUGGUGGCGAUGCAACGGCCCCUGUCAAUACAGAAAACCUUAUUUUGGAUAUGUGAAACGUUCGAUGAACAGAGCACCCUCUGCACGAGACUUUUGGUGGGUGGAGCAUCAAGAGACAUGUGGAGGUACAUUUACAAAAGUGAAGGAACCAGAAAACUUUUCCAAGAAAGCCAAAGAGAAAACCCAGCCAGCAAAACUGUCAAAUUCCAAGUCAACUGACAAAGGCAAGAUGCACGUGGGUGAUGCACAAAAUUUGAUCCCUUUUAGUGGAAAGGGAUAUCUGCUCGGAGGAGGAGACAGUGAACUCUCGGAGAAAAGUGUUAUUUCCAGCAGCAGUGUUAAAAACAAUGAAGCAUCCACAUCACCUCGUAAUGGCAUCUUCUUUCCACUUUAUACUGAUGAUGCCAGAGAGAAAAUUAACUUUACUUCCAAGCGUGAGUUUCCUGUGCUCUCUGUUGCUAACACAAAAGCUUACAAGACUGUUAAUGGAUCACCUGUUAAAAUUGCUCGUGUUACAGAAGAGAAAUCAAACCAAGGUCCUACAAAAGGGAAGAGGGUUUUGCCAUGCCCUGACAGGACACCUAAACAGACUUGUUUUGAGCAAACUACGGCAGCUCAGGUUGUAUCCAGUAAAAGAAGAAGCUUAGAAUGUACUGGUACGCUGCAGCAAUGGCCAAAAAUGGAAGACAAAACUGCCUUUGAAAACUAUUUUAUAAAAAAAGAGAGCGCUGAUGGCACUUUAAGAAUACAUACAACUGUGAAAACCGAAGCUGAAUCUACAGUUUCCUCUGCAAGUUCCAGCCCUGCUGUAAGGCAGGAUAAAAAAGUCAGUUGUCCUGUGUGCCAGGCAGAGGUUUUGGAGUCUAAAAUAAAUGAACACCUAGACUCUUGUCUUGCAUAGAUACUUUUGGAAAGCAGUCUCAAGAAAAUAACCCAGGGCUGAAACUGUUGCUUGAACUACUUUGCUCAGGGUUUGUUCAGUUGCAUAUUUUUUUCCCCAUAUGUCUGUCCCAAACUGGAAUGUAAAUUACUGUCAACGUUCAGAACAAUAAUGGCAAAUUGAAUUUUGUGAAGUUAUACAUGGGAACUGGCUGGGAAUCUAGUUGCUCCUUGUAUUCCAAAGAGCCUAAUGCUCAUGUUUCACUAGGUGGAUGUUUGUGCUAACAUUUUUCUGCAGAACCCAGGUGUUGCCGGAGAAGGUGAAUACUUGCUGAACUGCAUAUUCACAAGGCAGUUUUUAAAAUUAAGACAUUUUAAAUCAUGCUAACUUAUCUUUGUUCUUUCUUAAAAACCCUGUAUGUUUU